AUGGCCAGGACACCCGAGCCCACACAGGGUAGUUCCUCUUCAUCAGACGAUCUCAACUCGACUCUCACCAACUCGGGUUCACUGCGGCGUUUGUUACCAGUCGGGCUGGAAGAGGCUGCCUCACGACCCAUAGCCCCCGUCAGAUCGACCGCCUCGGCCUCGCCCACUAGUACUUCUACCGAACAACUUACCCUCACCAAAACCCAAGCUCGGUCCGCUGUCCCAACAGGUCGGUCAAAGAGACAGGCAACCACUGCCGCCUGUGGUGCAUGUCGGAGGCGCAAGUCCAAGUGUAAUGGCACGCGUCCAAGAUGCUCUGCCUGUCAUGACCGCGGCACUGACUGUGAAUAUGACACCAAUGUGGCCGAGACCCAUGCUCAAGCUCUCAAGCGCAAGUAUGAUGAACUCCAAAACUCAAAAUCGGCUGCCGAGAAAGUCUUUGAAAUCCUCCAGACGAGGGACGAAAAGGAGGCUGAAGAGGUCUUCCAGCGCAUCCGGAGAGGCGCCGAUCCCGCCGCCAUUCUCCGCCAUAUAACCUUCGGUAAUGCUCUCAUUGAGCUUGCCUUGGGCCCCGAGACAGGAUAUCGAUACGAGUUUCCCUACUUGCCUGACAUGCCUGCCUUCUUGCAGCGUCACGACAACGUCUAUCUCGAUUCCGAAGUUUAUGCCUGCGUCUUACGGCGGUCUGCCCCCGGUAUUCCUGCUGUAAAUGCCCAGCACCGCCAGCAUCUGACACAUCCAUCUUUUUCCGGCUCUCAGCAACAACCUUAUUGUACGGUCUCGACCGCAGGCCGAAGCAUUAACCCCUAUUUAACCCACGGUUCUGCCGUUGACUUACACAGCGAUCCAUAUCAUAAGCCAUACCACUCCGCCACUGUGGAAAAUUCACGAUUAGAGAAAAUGCAGCCAUCUCAGUGGACCUCAGUGAGCACUGAUGAUGCCCUUUUGCGAAAGUUUCUUCAUGACUACAUAAUGUACGACUAUGGCUGGAAUUACUUCCUUCAUCUUGAUUACUUUCUUGAUGACAUGGCGAACGGCCGUCAUCGCUUUUGCUCUAGACUCCUCGUCAAUGCAGUUCUCUGCAUAGGAUCAUACCACCACCGUGGGCUCCAAGGUCGGGCAGAGUACUGGAACCCCGCAAAUAUCGUUUACUUGUUCUUGGCAGAAGCCAAGAGGCUUUUUGAGAUCGACUCGGAACUCGAAAGACCUAUACCCUUGUCAAAUGAUCCAAAUGGAGAGCGAAGACUGAGGGAAUGGGAAGAACGGCGGUUAACUACCAUACAAGCCGGGCUUCUCCUAAACGUUCUCUAUCUUUUCAACGGUUCCGAUAAGAUCGGGUGGCGCUAUUCUCUUCGUGCGAUCGAGAUGGCCCAUGAAAUCAACCUUUUCGGGCCUGCACAACCUGAUAUGGACCGGGAGAUGCGGGAUGUCAGAGAGUUCACGGCUUGGGUAGUGUUUACAUGGCAGAGUGUAAACUCAUAUCACUACUUCCGGACUCCCAUAAUGAGGCAUCCGCCUCAGGUGCCCCUACCGGAUCCCAUCGAGAAUCCGCAGUGGUACGGUGAGAUUUGGGUAAAAUACCCCGCAAGUCAAUCACGGUUUCCUACACAUUUGGGAUUCUUAUUCAAGGCGAAAGCUGAACUUUGGACCAUCAUGAACGACUUCUCCCUCCUUUCUUUUCGGGAUCAUGGUCUCCCUUUGAAUUUGUCAAUCCCUCAAGUCCUCGGAUUCUACAAUAGGCUGGUUGACUGGCUGCACAAACUACCUGAACCUCUUUCCCCGCGAAAAAUUGUGACGCCUCACCAAAUCAAGCUGCACAUGCACUUCUACUUCAUCCUCAUCAACAUACUAAGACCCAUAGUUACGUCUGAAUGGAGGAACGGGACACUGUCGGGCAAGACGAUCCCGCCCUAUACGCCACACGACGCUUACAUAAACGCUACCGUUCGAUUCGAAACACUUAUCCGCAUUUAUUACCUUCGCCACGGGUUCGAAGCCUUGGACAGCUUUUUGAUGCAGUUCCUGGGCGCGCUCGCCUACAUGACGAUUGAUGCGAUCGCCCAAAACCCAGCGGCGCCCCAUGUUGAGACGCUCCGGUCAACGGUCCUUCUCGCAACAAAGGGGAUGUGGGAGCAAGCCCAGAGUGUCUACGUUGCCCGAGCGGUAUUACGUGUACUGACGAGUGCGAUGAGACCCGAAGACGUGCAACUGCUCAAAAAGUUCGCUAACGUCGAGGCCGACACGGAUAUACACUCUGCUCCUCUAGAGCAACCUAUUCAAUCGGAUUGGCCUACAUUUGUUGUCCGACUUGAUCAGAAUCCCGACACAGUGAGGCUGGGCAAGACACUUAGCAACAAGUUGGAGCGGCUGUCUCUAGAUCUCACCACUUCGUCUCCUCCAGUGGAGUCCACACCACGGCCACGAAAUUGGUCGGUCAUUUUGUGAAGAAAAAAAUCAUUAUUGAAGAUAGACAACAGUACACGAAGUUGCCUACCGCGGAAACCAGAAAUAUCAAAGAAAAUAUUCCAAACAUUGUCAAGCCCGCCCCUUUU